CUAAAGAUAGACGGAUCCCGCGGCGAGGGCGGGGGCCAGAUACUGCGUACCUCAGUUACGCUGUCUUGCAUAACGGGAACGCCGGUGCGCAUUGUGAAUAUCAGGAGGGGCAGGAAGGUGCCCGGCCUGAGGGCGCAACACCUUGCCGCAAUCAGGCUGCUUGCCAGGGUGUGCGGCGCCCGGGUGGAGGGGCUGGAGAUAGGCUCGGAGGUUCUGGAGUUUGAGCCGGGCCCCGUACAGAGCAUGGAUCUGAGCCAGGAUAUCGGCACCGCCGGCUCCAUCCCGCUGGUGCUGCAGACCCUGAUCGUCCCGGUGGCCGCCGCCUCCAAGAGGCUGAAACUCGACAUUAUGGGAGGAACAGACGUGUCGUGGAGCCCCACAACGGACUACACCAGGUACGUGCUGGCCGCCGCAUACUCCCGCAUGGGCAUCAACUUUUCUGUGGACGUAAAGAGGCGCGGGUACUAUCCGCGAGGGGGCGGCAGGAUCUCCCUGGAGGUGCAUCCGUCAAGAGGCGUUGCCGCCGUGUCGCUGACAGGUAGGCCGGGCCGCAUAGCAAACCUGUUCUGCACGUACUGCGGGUACUCCCGGGAUGCCAUAUCGCGGAGCGUGCAGCCCCUGCUGGAUACGCUGGAGCGUGGCGGCCUUCAGGUCAACACGCUUCUAAGCGGGGAGGAGGCCGCAGACAAGGGAGCUGCCGUCAUGAUGUACACGCAGGAUCCUGCAUCCAUAACGGGAUCCGACGGACUGAUGGGCAGGGAGGGGUUCCCCGCCGGCAUAUCCGGCAGGCUUCUUGAGUCCCCCGGCACGGACAUCAACCUGUCAGACAUGCUUGUGGUGCCUGCCAGCAUAGCAGAGGGCACGACGGUAUACAGGAUCGGCAGCAUCUCAAAACACCUGGAGACGAACCUCUACGUGGCAUCCAAGAUAACCGGAUGCAAGUACGGCGUCGGCAGGACAUAUGACGGGUAUGAGAUCCGCAUUAGUGGAAGAUCAGACGCCGGCAUCCAGUAG